CUUCUUUUUCGCCUCUGUCUCUUCGUUCUCCAUUGCUCUCCGUAGAACCAAACUUAAACAAAGAAAUUACAAACACAGAGAUAGAACCAUCAUCGAGAGCGAACCAACCCCAAACCGAAAGGAAAAAACUUGAAUAAUCGAUCCCUCUUGCAUGUAGAUGCUAUUUGAAACAGCCGUUUUGCUUCUCUUCUUAAUCCAUUCAGUUUCGCCUUAUUACUCCAGCUCAAUUCCAUGGCGAAUAAUCAUUCCGAUACUCCGGCCGAUGAUUUCCUCGAGCAGAUUCUUGGGAUUUCCCCUUUUGGUUCGUCGGACCAAGGGUUAGCUGGAACUGACGGCGGAUUGGCCGGAGCUACUGCUGCUGCUGCUGCUGCUGCUGCGGCGGCGGCGGCGGCGGCGGCUCAGGGUCAGGCUCCGAUGAUGCUUCAGCUUAGCUCCGGCGACGGUGGUGGCCAUAUCACUACGAUUGGAAGUGGAAGUGUCGGUGGAGCUGGGUUUCAUGGCGGACCCCCUUUUCCUCUGGGGUUGAGCUUGGACCAAGGGAAGAGUGGGUUUCUUAAGGCUGAGGAAGCUUCUGGAAGUGGCAAGCGGUAUUGUGGUGAGGUUGUUGAUGUUCGAGCUUCGUCUGUUAAAAAUGUUUUUCAAGGCCAACAAAUGCAUGGUACUAUGGGUGCAGCCCCACAUCCACCAGCAAUGCGCCCUAGGGUACGGGCGAGACGUGGACAGGCGACUGAUCCACAUAGCAUCGCAGAGCGGUUACGAAGAGAAAGGAUUGCAGAGAGAAUUAGGGCUUUGCAGGAGCUUGUUCCAAGUGUCAAUAAGACGGAUAGAGCUGCAAUGCUUGAUGAAAUAGUGGACUACGUAAAGUUCCUACGUCUCCAAGUAAAGGUUCUGAGCAUGAGUAGAUUGGGUGGAGCUGGUGCUGUGGCACCACUUGUAACGGAUAUUCCACUAUCAUCAGUUGAGGAAGAAGGAAGUGAAGGUGGUAGGAACCAACCGGCAUGGGAGAAGUGGUCGAACGAUGGUACAGAAAGACAAGUUGCUAAACUUAUGGAAGAAAACGUAGGAGCCGCAAUGCAAUUCCUUCAAUCAAAGGCACUCUGCAUCAUGCCCAUCUCAUUGGCUUCGGCAAUUUAUCACACGCAACCACCCGAUAGCUCGAGCGUUGUGAAGCCAGAGAGUAACCCUCCUCCAUAGAAUCACCUUGCAGCAUCUGCCGAGGGAGGGAUGUGCAUUCCCACAAUCCUAAAAGGAAAUGAAAAAGAAAAAAGAAAGUAGAAGGAAAAAAAACUUACGGAUCGCUGUUGGGUCCUAUGGCCUGCGUCCCGUCGUCGCAACACUCAUAGUUGUUCCCCCUUCACUUAUGGUGGGUAUUGGUAUUGCAAUCAAAGUCAGAUGGCAUAGUUAUAUUGCUUUUUAAGAUUACUUUUAGCUUUUGUCAAAACAGGGAUGGAUGUCAAUGCCCUAAAAGAUGCAAGCAGGCUGUUCAGGUCUUGACAAGCUUAACUAAAGCAAGAAGAAUUUGUCAAAGCUUUACUUGAUAUGCCCUUCUUUUCUUGUUUAUGCAUCAAUGGGUGGAGGGAGUGGUGGGAAAUGACCAAAGCACCUUUUUUUAUGUAGUGGGUUGUGGGGACCUUGUAAAAAUAUGAAUAAAAACUCUUCCUUUUUUGUGUAUUUUUUUUGGAUGGUGUACCUUUACAAGGAAAGGAAAUGCAGAUGUUUGAAAUGGAGAGUGGUGAGUUUGAAAAAGAGAGAAAGAAGGUUGAAUUAUAGAUUUAGACUCGUCAAAGUUAAAAAAUUCUACUAAAUGGAGGACUGAACUUGUUACUUCGGAA